AUGCUCCAGAUAAUUUCCGCUGCGCUAUGCACCUUCUUCGGUUUCCGAAACAAUCCGCUUGCUGACAUCCCAUACGCCUCCUGCUUUCCUACCCUAGGCCUUCUGUCAGAGAAAUGGUCCCAUGAUUUCUACUCAACGUCGAUGAGGGCCCUUUUCAACGCAGCCGCGGAGGAGGGCAUAUCCUGGACGCUUAUCGGGGGUGUGCCCUUGGUAUACCUUCGACACCCCGCCUUGAUCCGACAGGUGUUUGUCAAAAAUGCGGAAUCUAUUAGUCGGUGUGGAACCCAGACCAGAGGUCCCUUUGGAACCGGCAAACGUAUCAUUCGCAGUGCCCUGAUUACCGCUGAUGGAGACGUCGCCAGACAUUGGCACGCUGAUAUGACCCGAGGUUUCCACAACAGACCCGCUAUGGAGAGGUUUCAUUGGAAGCUGAUCUCGAUUGCGACGAACCACGUCCAAAAACUCCGAGACAUCGGGAUGGGUGAUAACCUCCAAAGUCUCCUACAGGAUUAUGCCAUGGACGCGGUAUGGUGUCUGGGGCUCGGGUUAGAGAAUGCCUCCCAAUGUACAAGGGAAUGGCAGGAGCCAUUUGCCCAGUAUGUGCAGAUGGCGGCGAGUAUGUCGUAUCCACUCCAUCACACCAUGAUGAAUCUUAUGUGCGGUCGGGAUUUUGAAGAACCAGAUUACUACGAGAAUGACCUCCAUGAAAGGAUUGAGAAUUGUGUCCUCCAGCUUCUAGAGGCCAACUCGGACCUCCUCAACCCGGAGGCCGUGGAAACACUCGAGCAAAUGAACUUCCUCCAGAGGAUAUCCCACGAGACAGGCGGGAGCGCAGCACAACCCAUCACCCCGGAUGUUCUCGCCCACGCGAGGCAAAUCUUCUCCCACGGGUUUCCCGCCCCGACGCUACUCCUCCUCUGGGCGCUGAGGGAGUUAACCCUAUACCCCGAGGUGAAGCAGAAGCUCCGCACGGAGCUCCAAGAAAGUGACUGGCACCAUCGCCAGGAGCUGCAACUUCUUUCGAAACUUCCAUACCUCAAUGCGGUGGUGAACGAGCUACUUCGCCUACACCCCCCGAUCCCGACUACCGCCCGAGCUAUUGAUCGCCCCCUCAAUAUGCAAACUCAAUCCGGUGCUAGCCUUGUCAUUCCCGUGCAGGCUCGUGUGGCUGUCUCCCUUGCGAUGCUACAUCAAGACCCUUAUGUCUGGGGCGAGGAUGCCUCACAAUUUCGACCAGAGCGAUGGGACGGACUCCUCCCGAAUACGAUAGAGGGCGAGUGCAACUAUGUCCACGUCGCUCGACUGAGCGGCACUAAAUGUUCCAAUAUUCUCACCGACGAAAGCAUCCAAAAUAUGGAUGAUGGCAUGUUCUCUGCUAGGGAUGAACUGGUUAUGGAUAAACAAACUAGUUGGAAUUGA